AUGAAAUUCAGUUUCAAUAUUGAAACUGUUUCAACAGUUUUUUUUACUUUAAUUUUAGUUUUCGAGUAUGUUGCUGGUUAUUACAUCACCAUUGAUGCACAUGCAGAAGAAUGCUACUUUGAUCGCGUAUCAUCUGGUACAAAACUCAGUCUGAUGUUUGAAGUUGCUGAAGGAGGGUUCUUGGACAUUGAUGUGCACAUAACUGGACCAGAUGGGAAACAAAUAUAUUCUGGUGAAAGGGAAUCGAAUGGUAAAUUUACAUUCGCAGCACACCAGGAUGGUGAUUACAAAUACUGCUUCAGUAACAAAAUGUCAACAAUGACACCUAAAGUUGUCAUGUUCACAAUGGAAAUAGGAGAAAAGGCAAAGGUGGAUUCGGAUGGGAAUAAAGAUACUGAGACAACACAGAACAAAUUGGAAGAAAUGAUAAGUGAACUGUCAAGCAAACUGUAUGGAGUGAAACAUGAGCAGGAGUACAUGGAAGUGAGGGAAAGGAUCCAUAGAGCAAUAAAUGACAGCACCAACUCCCGGGUAGUUCUGUGGUCAUUUUUCGAGGCACUUGUCCUCGUUGCAAUGACAUUAGGACAAGUUUACUAUCUUAAGAGAUUUUUUGAAGUUAGAAGGGUCAUUUAA